AUGGGCAGAGCGGUGGACGAUGGGGUCAAAUCUCUUGAUCUACAACGACCAGGAAAGGUUUAUGAGCUUGAAAGAAAAGUGAUGUUCUUAACACGGAGUGAGUAUGACCGUGGAGUGAAUACUUUCUCUCCCGAAGGACGUCUGUUUCAAGUCGAAUAUGCAAUAGAAGCUGUCAAACUUGGAUCAACCAGCAUCGGCAUUCGCACCAACGAAGGUGUCCUUCUUGCUGCUGAGAAACGAUCAACUUCGAAACUGAUGGUCAAUGAUGCUAUUGAGAAGAUUAGCAAGGUCGAUGAGCACGUCGGUAAGUCCUCGCAAAAGAUGUCGAUCAAAACCCCUCCUUUGAGUCAUUUUCUUUUUUUCUUUCUACUACCUUGCAAAGUUUCUGCAAAGCCUCUCAUAUCUGUGUCAGUCAUGUGAUC